AUGCCACGCUACGGCAAUGGAGCUCCAGAGGGCGAUGAUGCUAACCGCAGCCGUCUCUUUGGCAACCGGAACGGGAAUCCUUACUCUCCUCAGGGCGGUGGGCACGCCGCCGCGAGUUCCGGAUCUUCUCGGAGCGGUGGAUACGGCGGAGCACCCUCUAGCUACGGUAGCGGCACUGGAUACGGAAGUUCUUAUCAGCACCCACAGCGGUCUCAGUAUCAGGACGAUGGCCAGCCAGGCGCUAGCCGAUCUCAAGUGAGUGACGAUGAAACGGAGAACAUCAAGGGAGAGAUCAGGGAGGUCAAAUAUAAAACCAAGAAAAGCACCGCAAAUGCAUUAAAAAUCGCUGCCCAGACGGAGGAAACCGGUUCAGCAAUUCUCGACUCUCUCCGGGGCCAGGGCGACCGUUUAACCAAUACCGAGCAAAACCUGGGCACCGCCGAGAUCCAAAAUCAUAUUGCGGAAGAGAAGACACGGGAACUACAACAUGCUAAUCGCGGAUUGUUUUCUCCUAAUCUGAAGGGCCUAUUCCAUUCUAAAGGCCGCGCUCGGGAUGAGGAAGCUAGGAUAAUUGCCCGCAAUCGGCAUGAGAGGGAGGAAAGAGAUAGGACCAGGGCGUUUGGAUAUGAUAGCAAGAAUGUGAUUGGAAGGGGCAUCAAUACAACAGCUGAGCGCGCCGAGAGUGAGAGGGAGCCAAGCGAUCCCGAGAGAUCCCGACAUCAAUUUGAGCCAGACUCGGACGAUGAUCGUGCGGAGGAUGAGAUUAACUCCGAUUUGAAUCAGCUGGUGGCUGUUACCGCACGGUUGAAAGGGAUAGCUAUUGCUAGUGGUAAAGUGGUUGAUAGACAGAACGAGCAGAUCAACAGGAUCACGGAGAAGGUAUUUCUGUCACCCCAUCCAAUUGAUUGAAACAGUAUUGACCUGUGGAAACAGAGUGAUCAUGUCGAUGACCAGAUCAGCCUCAACCAGAGAAGACUCCGCAAAUUUUAG